UGCUCCAGACAUACCCGCACGAGGAGGCUUUGUGGCUCACUCCAACCGGUACAGAGACACAGGACAGACGUCAGGGAGCACAUCUUGCCUCAGUCUUGACAGAAUGACUUCAUCAAUCAGUUACUUUUCCCCCGGACCAGCGAAACUGCCGCACGAGGUCCUGGUGAAGCUCCAAGAUGAGCUGGUGCAGUACAAGUCGACGCAAGUGAGCGUCAUGGAGCUGUCGCAUCGCUCAAAGGACUUCGCGGAGAUCAUUGAGGGCGCGGAGAGCAGCGUGCGAGAGCUCAUGAACGUCCCAUCCAACUACAAGGUUCUGUUCUUACAAGGCGGAGGAACAGGUCAGUUCGCGGCCGUCCCUCUCAACCUGAUGUCGAGGUCGGGCAAGGCGGAUUACAUUGUCACAGGUUCGUGGUCGAGCAAGGCGGCCAAGGAAGCCAGCAAAUACGGCUCCGUGAAUCUCGUGUUUCCGAAGCUGGAAAAGUACACGACCAUCCCGGACAAGGCGAGCUGGAAACUGGACCCUGAAGCGGCCUAUGUUUACUACUGUGCUAAUGAGACUGUAGAAGGCGUCGAGUUCCAGUACGUGCCCGAAGUCCCAGAAGGAGUCCCUCUGGUGUGCGACAUGUCCUCCAACUUCUUCUCAAGACCUGUUGAUGUGUCUAAGUACGGCGUGAUCUACGGGGGCGCCCAGAAGAACAUCGGCUGCUCCGGCGUCACGGUGGUCAUCGUGAGGGAGGACCUCCUGGGCAGCCCCCUCCCCGUCUGCCCCUCCGUCCUCGACUACGCCGUCAUGGCCAAGAACAAGUCCCUGUACAACACGCCGCCGACAUUCGCGAUCCACGUGGUGAGCGAGGUCUUGGCGUGGGUGAAGAGGGAAGGCGGGCUCGAGGAGAUGCAGAGACGUUCGCUGGAGAAGAGUAAGAUGCUGUAUUCCGUUAUCGACGAGAGCAACGGGUUUUAUAACAACCCUGUGGACGCGACCGCGAGGUCCCGGAUGAACGUCGUGUUCCGGGUGGGCGAAGGCGGGAAAGAUGAGCUCGAGGCGAAAUUCAUCUCUCAAGCUGCCUCCCAGGGACUUCUUUCUCUCAAGGGACACAGGUCGGUUGGUGGCAUCCGCGCUUCGAUUUACAAUGCUAUCACCAUCGAGGACGUCAGACGCUUGGCCGAAUUCAUGAAGACCUUUCUCAAAGAAAACAAAGUGUGAGACGCCACUCUAACGAAAAGAAAUCUCGAUCUGUCCAGAUUUUAUUAAGAUUGUUAUUGAUUGAUUAGAUAAUAUUCGGUAUAAGAUUUUUAAUAACGUGACCUGUGAUGCCAUGCUUCGACAGCAUAAAGGGACCACAUAACAUGCUAUCCACAGUCUUCAUUUCUUCAUAAAUAUACAUCGAUGCAUAUUUAUUGUAUUCAGCGACAUGUAUCAUCAGUGUAAGUCGAGUGCAACAAAAAUUUGAACAUUUAUCAACUGUUUAGGAGUUUCUUGUCUAGAAGUAAACUUUUUUCCAGCGUUUAUAUGUUGUGGAAAAAGUAUAUUCCCAAGGAUACUAGUGGUGACUAGGGUGAUAUUUGCCUUUAACCCAUUGCCGCCGGGGAAAAUGAACAAAAAAUGGGGGAAAUGCAGUACUCAUUUUUUAUAUUUUUGUGAAAUAUCUCUGUCCAUAGAUGGCUCUGCUAGUCCUGAUUUCACCUUCCCUUGAAUUGGCGGGAAAAAAACGUAUUCUUACUAGUGCUAUAAAUAUAGAUGGUGUUAUUUUUAAGAGCAAAUUAGGAUAACGUUAAAUAUUUUCGUAAAUCGAUGAAAAGGGUGAACGGGCGAGACAGGCAGUACUCGUAAUUGGCUCAUUGGAUACUUAGUACAAGUGUAGCCAUCUGUGUGUAAAAACAAUCGAACAAGUCGACUCACAGUGGGCAUGCAUGCCAUCCCCGGCGGCAAUGGGUUAAAAGUUGAACUAGCCACUUCGAGACAUUGUUGAUAAACGUCAACCAGAGACUAAAUACAUUUCAGUGCAGUCACAUAUUCCCACGAAAUUCAUAUUCAGUAUACGGCAUGUUAUACUACUGACUCCAUAUACAGAGAGUAAAAUCAACUGAAAGAA